AUGGUGGAAGUCGCAGUGCUGCUGAGUCACACCGAGGACAUGGCCACGCUGCGGGAGCUGGUGGAGACUGUAUGGGAGACUGGGAGUUGUGGCCUGGCUGGAGGGAUUGAGAUCUGCAUCACAUUCCCCACCGAGUAUGUGAAGACACAGCUGCAGCUGGAUGAGAAGGCAAACCCUCCCCGCUACAAGGGCAUCGGAGACUGUGUGAAGCAGACUGUCCAUGACCAUGGCAUCCGGGGGCUGUACCGGGGGCUCAGCUCGUUGUUGUAUGGCUCCAUCCCCAAGUCUGCUGUCAGGUUUGGGAUGUUCGAGUUCCUCAGCAACCAGAUGAGAGAUGAGCAGGGGCGACUGGACAGCACACGGGGCCUCAUCUGCGGGCUGGGUGCUGGCGUGGCCGAGGCUGUGGCAGUGGUCUGCCCUAUGGAGACUGUGAAGGUGAAGUUUAUCCAUGACCAGACCUCUCCCAACCCCAAAUACCGUGGUUUCUUCCAUGGCGUCCGGGAGAUCGUUCGGGAACAGGGACUGAAAGGGACCUACCAGGGCUUAACCGCAACCAUCCUCAAGCAAGGAUCAAACCAGGCUAUCCGCUUCUUUGUCAUGACCUCUCUCAAGAACUGGUACAAAGGGGACAAUCCCAACAAGGUCAUCAACCCCGUCCUCACGGGAGUGUUUGGAGCCAUUGCUGGAGCUGCAAGUGUCUUUGGCAACACCCCCUUGGAUGUGGUGAAGACCAGGAUGCAGGGGCUGGAAGCGCACAAGUACAAGAACACCUGGGACUGUGCCUACCAGAUCAUGAAACAUGAAGGGCCUCUGGCGUUUUACAAGGGCACAGUGCCUCGCCUGGGCCGUGUGUGUCUCGACGUGGCCAUUGUCUUCAUCAUCUAUGAUGAGGUGGUCAAAUUCCUCAACAAGGUGUGGAAAACGGACUGA